UUACAUAGUGCUAAAGGGUUAAUACUACUUAUUUUUUUUUAAAAAAAAGUAAUUUUAUCAACGGAUAAUCAUCUACACUAGGUAAUUCAAGAUAAAAUGCCAAUGAAAAGGAUGUCAUAUCCAGUGAUCGUAAUAUUCAUACUUCAUUUGUCGACGAUUAAAUCGAAACAAGGCGGUAAUUCUUCUUCAGUUGAACAACCACCAACCAAUCAAACCACCAAAGAAAGAAAUACCACAGGAAUGACAGACGAAAUCUCGACUCCCUCCACAAAUUACUCUUCUUCUACGGAUGCCUUUGUUUCUACCACUCAGCCGGUGAAUAACGUUACGCAAGCAAUAAAUGUGACGAGUGGAAAAGAAGAACCUAAGGAGACAAAUGUGACAGUCACCGAGGUCCCUAAGACGACACAGGAAACAGAAGUGACAACAGUUGAACGAAUACCAGAGGGAAUAACAGCCGAAACUCAAAGUGCAGGGGAAGAGGAUGAAAACACACAAAGUACCACUGAUGCAGCAGCAGUAACGACAACAACAGAACAAGAGACGCACACACCAACAGUGGAGACAAACUUCGAGACAGAGGAUGCAGGGACACAUGUGUAUAUAAAUACGUCAGUGGUGUCGUCAGAAGCGGUGAAUCUGACAUCCUCAUCAAGUAAAAAGUCAAGCUCCGAGAAGGAAAACGACGAUGAUGGUGAAGAAGAGACCACUGAGAAAUCACAGAUAGUAACAACGUCUACAGAAACACAUCCACGUCCAAUCAAAGCUAAUUUCAUAAUUUUAGUGUUUCGUGAGUCCUGGCAUCAUUCUACUCAUGGUAUGCGUUUGUAUCCUGUCGGUGGCAGGCAUCGCCUCAAUCAUCUACUGUGCACUACAUACUGGCUUUCGUGAUAAUCCAACACUGAUAAGACUGAAAGUAUUCAGUCGACAGAAAACACCUUAUACAUCUUUCUCUAAUGAGAAUCUAUGAGCGCGAGGAUGUGAAACAUUUCAACAUUUAUAAACUGUGUGUUAUUAUUUCGUUGUAAAUAUUUGACUCGAUUUGAUUUUUUUUUGAAGCUUUGAAGAGGAACUACCUUGUUUUUUGUCAGUUUAUUGUGAAUUUGCUUAUUUUCAUCAUGUAAUAAAGUUUCUUUUGUUUGUCG